AUGUGUAAUCCAAUGAGUGAGGCCUUAAGCGAGAACUCCAUCUUCAGUUAUUACAACAGUAUUUAUGAUGGAGCCAGAAUCUACCCAUGCCUAGAACCUGGGAAUCACUUUGACCAAGACUCAGGUCUCAUGAAUCAUCAGAAAACUCAAUGUUCAGAGAACCACGAUGAAAGGGAUGAAUGUAGAAAUAUCUUUUAUCAAAGCCCAAAUCUUAUUACAGAUAGGAAUAUCCACACUGAAGAAAACAAUUACAAAUUUAGUGAAUGUGGUCAAGUUUCCAACCAGUCAUCACAACUUACUCAACAUCCGAGUAUUCAUGCUAAGGGGGAACACUGCAAAUGGAAUAAAUGUGGGAAAGUCUUUCCUCAAUUAUCAAAUCUAAAUGGACACAGGAAAACCCAUACUGAAGGGAAACCUAACCAAUGCAGAGAAUGUGGCAAAACCUUUAGCAAGCCCUCAAACCUUACUCGACAUCUCAGAACUCAUACUGCAGAGAAGACUUACAAAUGUACAGAAUGUGGCAAAGCCUUUACUCGGAAUUCAAACCUUAAUCAACAUAGGCGAAUCCAUACUGGGGAAAAACCAUAUAAAUGUCAGAAUUGUGGGAAAGCCUUUAACCAAAGUACGGCACUUACUCAACAUCAGCGAAUCCAUACUGGGGAGAAGCCAUAUAAAUGUCAGAAUUGUGGGAAAGCUUUUAACCAAAGUACGGCACUUACUCGACAUCAGCGAAUCCAUACUGGGGAGAAGCCUUAUAAAUGUACAGAAUGUGGCAAAGCCUUUAAUCACAACUCAACACUUACUCAACAUCAGCGAAUUCAUACAGGAGAGAAGCCUUAUAAAUGUACAGAAUGUGGCAAAGCCUUUAAUCACAACUCAACACUUACUCAACAUCAGCGAAUUCAUACGAGAGAGAAGCCUUAUAAAUGUACAGAAUGUGGCAAAGCCUUUAAUCACAACUCAACAUUUACUCAACAUCAGCGAAUUCAUACAAGAGAGAAGCCUUAUAAAUGUACAGAAUGUGGCAAAGCCUUUAAUCAGAGUUCAAACCUUAAUAAACAUAGGCGAAUUCAUACUGGGGAGAAACCAUACAAAUGUAAAGAAUGA